AUGAAGUGGGCUUACAAAGAGGAGAACAAUUUUGAGAAGAGACGCGCCGAAGGCGACAAGAUCAGAAGGAAGUACCCAGACCGCAUACCGGUCAUUGUUGAAAAGGCGCCAAAAUCGCGUCUUCGUGAUCUCGACAAGAAGAAAUACUUGGUACCAUCGGACUUGACCGUUGGACAAUUCUACUUUUUGAUUCGCAAGAGAAUCCAUCUCCGUCCGGAAGAUGCGCUCUUCUUCUUUGUCAACAAUGUCAUUCCACAAACGAUGACCACCAUGGGACAGCUCUACCAGGACCAUCAUGAAGAGGAUCUUUUCCUCUACAUCGCCUACAGCGAUGAGAGCGUCUACGGAGGAUCUGAGAUCGCUGAGAAGCAGUAA